UUUUCUUUUUUAUUCGGUCGCAGAUACGGAGUUCCGGCGAUUGCAAGGGUUAUUAAUUGGCGCGCGUGGUUGGCGGUCGCUUAGAACCUGCUCGCUCCUCCUGCCGUUCGCCUCGCCCGUUGCAGACGCCGUUGCCAAUAUGCCCGCCGUGGACCCCGUAACCGACCUCGCCAACCGGUUCACCAAUGACCUCGAGGUGUGUCGCCGUGAGGACCUGGACUUCGAGAUCGCGAGCGAGCUCAAUGAGAUCGCCAGCGCCUUCACCGGCUCGAAGGACCCGAAGAUCGUGUCGGUGGACUUCCAGCCAGCCUACAACGCCGUCAACCACCACUGCGAGAUGUACGAGCUGGUCGAGCGCCGCACCGACUGCCUGGUCCUGCGUCGGGGCGGACUCUUCUCCUUGGACAUCGAACUGAACCAGCGCGCCGCCCUCGCCACCGAGCAGCAGGUCAAGCUGUACUUCUCCUUCGGUCCUCGUCCCAACGUGGAGAAGGGGACCCAGGGCCUCCUCGUCGUCACGGGAAGACCAAGAUUGAGAAGACCCACGAUGACUGGGACGUGAAGCUCGUCAAGGAGUCGGGAAGGAAGGCCACGAUCGAAGUGCAGAUUCCCACCGACGCCCCCGUGGGAGUGUGGAAGGUGGCGGCCGAGGUGACCCGAAGGAACCAGCCCGGGGAGAGACACCUGCGCCGGUUCGAUACCCACGUGUACAUCCUCUUCAACCCUUGGAAUGAACGUG